UUGACGAUUCGCGACGGUAGACAGCGAUAGGGAUACUCGAAUAAUCGAAACCGAUCGAGAUUCGCGCUGGCGCGUAUUUGUAAAACGAACAAUCACGUUUGAGCAAUCCGAGCUCGUUCAGGAGACGAUAGAACACAGCGCGGUUAUGACAAGGUUGCAUUGAACAAUGUUUUUAGCGAGAAUCGUCAGAAAGUCCGCGGCGGCGUUAAGCAGGGUGAAACAGCAGCGUAAACUGUAUUCGUAUCAUGCCUCGUCCACGAGAAGCACGAUUCAUCCUACGAUCUUUGUGGGGGCUCUGCGAUUUUGCAGCGACAGCCCACCAAAGUGUUGGAACUGCGACUACAUGUGCAAGUCCGAGCUGUUCUGCUCUAAGUGCAAGGUGUUGCAGGAACUCCCGCAAAACUUGAGCUAUUUCGACAUCAUGGGGAUUAAGAGGGAUUACAACGUGGUGAAUGAAGAUAUUCACAAAAAGUACAGGGAGCUGCAAAAGAUACUGCACCCUGAUAAGUUCGGUAACAAAUCUGAGAAAGAAAAACAGAUCUCAGAGAAUCUGUCGUCUCUAAUAAAUAAGGCUUAUAGUACGUUGGCGCAUCCAUUAAAAAGAGGAUUGUAUAUGUUGCAAUUAAAAGGUAUAUCGAUACCAGAAGGCACUACCAACUUGAAUCCAGAAUUCCUCAUGGAGAUUAUGGAGCGUAACGAGGAAAUAGAAAAUGCAACAGGCGACAAAGACAAGAUCUCGAAACUGGCCAAAGAAUCCAGGGAACUGCUCGAUACAUUAUCAAAGCAAGUGGCAGAGGCAUUCAGUAAAGAAGAUAUCAAUGCGGCUACAACACUCUUGAUAAGAAUGAAAUAUUACAACACUAUAGACAACAGAUUGAAGAAGCUGAAACACGAUUUGGGUAUAGUAGAAUAAAUACAUUCCAACUCGUGCAAUGGAUAUUCAUUAUUGUAUAAAAAUUAUUUUCUAACACACGGUUGAUGAGAUGUUGGUCUUCGCAUAUUACAAGUACACUGCAUCAUACGUUAUAAUGUAUAUACAGAUUUCUAUCUAGAAUGGACCAAUUCUAGAACUUAUAUGUACAGUUAUAUAUAUUUCACUGAUCAGUGGAUAUAAUUAAUCGUAACAAAUAAACUAUUAAAAUUU